CCUCCUGCUCCGCAACAUCCCCUUCGUGGUGCCAGGUGGAGUUUAGACUCAGGUUGAAGUCCAUGGCCACAGAGGCAGGAUUCAGGCUGUUCUCGGUCUCACAGGGCUGCUUUGCUGUCUGUCCAGAAUCCUACACCCUUCCUCUCCAGCCACGAGACAGACGUGCUCCUCCCCAGACUUUCAUCUCCCUGUCUGACCCCAUGCCCAGGUGCUGACAGCUCUGCUGGAAGAAAUCAGGCCCCCUCUUCCUGAUCGGAUCCACUCUGCUAACAGGGGUACUUCAAUCCUGCCUCCAUGCAGGUCUCCAAGAAGCUGGUGAACUCUGUGCCAGGUUGUGCGGACGAUGCACUGGCUGGGCUGGUGGCCUGUAAUCCGGAUAUCCAGCUCCUUCAGGGGCACCGGGUGGCACUGCGAUCCGACCUGGAGAACGUUCGGGGCCGGGUGGCACUGCUGUCUGGAGGAGGGUCAGGACAUGAGCCCGCACAUGCAGGGUACAUCGGGAAGGGGAUGCUCACUGGAGUGGUGGCUGGUGCUGUCUUCACCUCUCCUGCAGUGGGCAGCAUACUGGCAGCGAUCCGGGCGGUGACACAGGCUGGCUCAGCUGGGACCCUGCUGAUUGUGAAGAACUACACGGGGGACCGGCUGAACUUCGGGCUGGCCCUGGAGCAGGCGCGGGCAGAGGGGGCCAAAGUGCAGAUGGUGGUGGUAGGCGACGACAGCGCUUUCACCACACAGAAGAAGACGGGGAGAAGAGGGCUGUGUGGCACCGUGCUCAUACACAAGGUGGCUGGGGCACUGUCAGAGGCAGGAGCGAGUCUGGAGGAGAUUGUUCGCAAGGUGACAGAUGUUUCAAAAGCCAUGGGUACCUUGGGCGUGAGCCUCUCGCCCUGCAGCGUCCCUGGCUCUGGACCUACCUUUCAGCUGGCUCAGGAUGAGCUGGAGCUGGGCCUGGGGAUUCACGGUGAGGCGGGCGUGCGCAGGAUGAAGAUGGCACUGGCGGACGAAAUCGUCAAGACAAUGCUCGAUCACAUGAGCAGCUCUUCCAAUGCCUCGCGCGUGGCCCUGGAGCCCGGGGCCUCUGUGGUGCUGGUGGUGAACAACCUGGGUGGCCUGUCCUUCCUGGAGCUGGGCGUGGUGGCUGGUGCGGCUGUGCGCUGCCUUGAGGACCGAGGCAUUCGCAUCGCCCGAGCGCUGGUCGGCACCUUCAUGACGGCUCUGGAAAUGUCUGGUGUCUCCCUCACCCUCCUUCUGGCAGAUGACGCGCUGUUGCGACUGAUCGAUGCUGACACCACAGCUGUGGCCUGGCCCAACCUAGCCCGAGCGCCCGUGACUGGCCGGGACAGAGUUCGGGCAGCGCCUGAGGAGGGACCCAAGGCAGAGGAGCCUGUCCCAGAUGGAGCACCCUGCCUGCCUGCCUCCCUCCCUCCCUCAGCGCCAGCCUCCAAGAGGGGGCGGCUGGUUCUGGAGCGGGUGUGCAGUACUCUGCUGGGCCUGCAGGAGGAGCUCAACGAACUGGACCGCGCGGCGGGCGACGGCGACUGCGGCAGCACCCAUGCCCGGGCUGCCAGGGCCAUACAGGAGUGGUUGAACUCCACGCCCCUGCCUGCCCAGCCGUCCCGGAUCCUCUCCACCCUGGCCAGGCUGCUACUGGAGAAGAUGGGAGGGUCCUCGGGAGCGCUGUACGGGCUGUUCCUGACGGCGGCUGCGCAGCCCCUGCAGAGCAGUAGCGACCCCGCGGCCUGGGCUGCUGCCAUGGAUGCCGGCAUUAAAGCCAUGCAGCAGUACGGGGGAGCUGCGCCUGGGGACAGGACCAUGCUGGAUUCCCUCUGUGCUGCUGCUAAGGAGCUGCACGCCCUGCGGGCCCCGGAGGCCAACAUGCUGACCGUGCUGGAUAAGGCAGUCCAGAGCGCAGAGGCUGCGGCUGAAUCCACAAAGAACAUGGAAGCAGGUGCUGGCAGGGCCAGUUACAUCAGCUCGGCCCGCCUGGAGCUGCCGGACCCAGGGGCCAUUGCCGCGGCGGCCAUUCUGCGUUCUGUGCUGGAAGGGUUACAGAGCCAGAGCGGGUGACUCCUGCUUCAUGGCACCUCCCCACUUUACCCUCCUCCCUCCGCACUGACUUCCGGGCCCUUUGCAGGCCAGACCAGGGCUGAUGGCACAGAGUCCCUGGCAGGAGGGGGCUCUGGGAUCUGCCCAGAGCAGGAUCUCGUUGGCAGGAAUGGGGGGCAGAGGGGCUCAGCCCUGAACCCACGGGGGGGCUCCCCAGCUCACCCCAGCUGCUGGGAGUACGGUGGCUGUAAUAAAGAGCCCUGCUCUGGA